UCUGAUCACAUGGCGCUAUAAGAAGCCGUCCCUCCUCCCCGCGGACCGGUCUCACGCUGGAGCCAUGGACCUGUUCGUGGACCCGGACUUCUCCUCACUGAAGAACAGCCCGAGCAGAGACAUGCUGCAUUUAAACGCGAUGUUAGAAGAAGAGCAGGACCACUGCAAAGGCGGCCGCAGUGAGCGCGCGCCGUCCUCCCCGGAGCCGGACCGACCCGCCGCCUUCGGCCCGAUGGAGGGUCAGAGGAAGAGGAAGAGGACCAUCUUCAGCCGCGCGCAGCUCACCGAGCUGGAGCAGGCCUUCGCCGUGACUCCCUACCCGGACAUCACCCUGCGGGAGAGGCUGGCCGCGCACACACACCUGCCCGAGAGCAAGAUACAGGUGUGGUUCCAAAACAGAAGAGCCAGAAGUAUCAAGACCGUGAGACUCCCAAAGUCCAGCCAGCCCGCCCUGGGAGGGAGAGGGGUCGUGGACCCCUCCACCGGGCAAGUGACCGCUGCUUUCCUUUCCUCAACCACCCUGGCGGACAUCUUCAGACCGGAGCAGAACCACUCCUGCGAGGACGUCCCGCAAAUCUACUCCGACUGGUUCCAGAUCUACAGCAACCCCGUGUCCUCGCCGGCCUCCUCCUCAUCUCUCCAGCCCACGCCGGGCUCCUCAAAGCCCUCGGAGCGUUAUCUCUGGGAGGAGGAGCAGCACCACCACCACCAGCACCACCACCAGAACCUGGGACCAGCGCUCUCCGGGUUCCUUCCUGGUUCCUUCCCUCCGCCCGGCAGCAGGCCGCCUCACCACUCGGCCUCGGCCCGGUCCUACCAGGCCUUCAGGAACUUCAAACCCCAGAGCGCGCCUCCUUCCGGGCCCCAUCAGGCUGCGUACGGAGGCGGCGCCGCAGGUGGAGGUCACACCUCUGUGGACCAGGUGGUUCCCUCCCACCCUCAGCCAGUGUACUGGGAGGUGGCCCAGGCCCAGGGGCACCAUCACCACCCGCAAAUGGGACCGCAGACCUCCAUGGGCUACAUCUCGGACCUGAUCUACAACGCCGCCAUCGUCACCAACUUCCUGGAGUUCUGAUCGGCCCAGAUGUGGAACUCAUCGGUAAUCACAGACUCCCCUCUCCCACAUCAAACAUCUGUCCUCCAGUGGUUCCUGGCUUCGUCGCUUCAUGUGUUCCCGUUUGUGUUUUAGAAAAUACGUCGUUUUGUGGCUCAGUUUUCACAUCUGGUUUCAGUUUUUCAGUCAUUUCAGCCGGAAUAGAGACGAGGAUUAAUGGACCAUUUGUAGACCUAUUUAAACACAAUUACUUAUUUUUAAGAAUCAACAAAAAACUAUAAAUAUUAA